AUGCGAGGGAAUGAAGGGAGAAUUCCAGCCUCAGUAAAGCCACAAGGAAGGGCAAAUGUCAGCCAGGUUACCCUGAGAUCCGGGAUAGCAUAUGAAGGACCCAAGUUGAAAGUAAAUGAUGAAAUGCCAGUGACGAUGAGCGAGGAUGUUAUCCACCUGGUCCAGCAAAAAGAAGAAGUUAGAACAGAGGAUGAUAUCCAAGCCGGUGAUUUGGGAAAACCAUUACCUCGAAUGGCUGACCCAUUUUUCCUAGACCCGGAGCCUGAGGUAGAAACUGAAAAGGAGAAAGGAGAGACGGAAGAACCCUCUAAGGAAGAUCCUACCAACGCAACAAAGAGGGUGAAACCUUUUCCCUACCGAGGGGGUGCCAAGAAGAAAAAGGACAACCCCGUGGAUUUCAUGGAGAUCUUUGGAAAACUGGAGAUCAAUCUCCCGUUCCUGGAAGCUUUGAAGCUGCCCCCGUUCAGCAAAUUCAUUAAGGAGUUCAUUGCAGGCAAGGCAAAGUCCGAUGGAAAGAUCGUGAUCGGGGAUAAUGUAUCUGCAGUGAUUCAGAAGAGGAUAAUGCCGUCAAAGCAGACUGACCCAGGAGCAAGAAUGACUGAUACGAAAGUGGUGAUCCAGUUAGCUGAUAGAUCAUGCAUUAGCCCUGAAGGAGUGUUAGAAAAUGUGAUAGUAAAAGUUCAUGAUUUUCUGUACCCUGCUGAUUUCCAUGUGAUAAAGAUGAAUUAUAAUGGGGAGAAAUUCACUUUUAGCAUUGAUGAAGCUAUGAGGAAACCACUUGACGUGGAAAACCUCCAUUUCUUUGAUGUCAUUAACCCCCUGGUCCAGGAAUUUCUUGAGACCGAACUAUUGCAGGAACAUGUUGAUGCCUCGGAGAUGACUGAAUCUAUGAGAAAAGAAGUUGUGGGAUGGUGUGAAGCAGUUAUUAAGCAAGGGCUAUCUGAUGAAGAAAUCACAAAGGCAAUAAUGGACUUUUGUGGUAAAGCAGGACCCCCCGGGUCCAACGGAUCAGUCCAACUGGCCAGUAUGGAAAAGUUGUCAGAGUUGGACGAGCUAGUCAAGAAAGGUAUGGAGAAGAACCCGUUGCUCCCAGAAGUACCCCCUCCAAAGAGAGAGUUGAAGAACCUUCCUCCAGGUCUGAAGUACGCCUACCUAGGCGAAGACGAAUCUCUACCGGUCAUAAUCAACAGCCAUCUGACCCAGGAGCAGGAAGUCAAGCUAUUGGAAGUGUUGGGGAGGAACAAUAGGGUGGACCCUAUCUGA